AAAAAAUCAACACUUAACACUUAAACUAUUGAACCGAUUGGAUAAUAAUGUAAAAACCAAUUGUUGGAAAUUCGAUUACCUUUAAAAUCGCGUCUUGCGCGACUCAAUCGGAAGUUUCUAACUCGAGAUAUGGCAUAAAAUAGGAGUGUAUGUCAGAAAAAAAUCGAAAAAAAAUGCAAAAAUUCAUAUAAAAAAAACCUAUUCAUAGAAAAAAUUUUUCUUGCGAUUUUCGAGUUUAGUAGGCCAAAAUACAUAAGAAAAAAUUGUGGCAUUGAAUGUACAAUUUGGCUGUAAACUAGUGUAAUUGAUUUGAAUAACCACACUUGAGCGUUGAACAGCCCAAACGCCCGCAUUAGACGGCCCUGUUCGCGCUUAUUGGAGAACACGGUCCUAAAAGAGUCAUCGGUUCUCUAGCACGUCCCUGGCGGCGCCUUCCCACCCGACGCCAACGACGCCACGCUGGUUACCGUCAGGGCUGCUAUCGGGUCGCCGCCAGUCGUUGGUUCAGUCGUCGUUUAUAAGCCGAGCCGCGACACGGGAACGAGCGGAGGCGCGCGUUUUCGAAAAAUCUACGGUGAUACCCUCUUCGUUCAACCCCUAACGUAUCGUUGCGUUCCGUCCUUAACCCACGCGACGAUUGUGCAUCAAGACUUGUGGCGAGAACGAUCGAACUGCCUGCGAACCUACCCUGUGUCGUCGUCAACCUCGUCCAGCUCGGCUUUUUAUCGAUCGCGCCUCUUUCGAAAGGGCUCUCCAGAAUCACCGAAGAGGGUCGAAAGCUGAAUCCGCGAAGACGAAACAGCGAAGAUGGCGGAUAAGAUUUACUACCCCAAUCCGGAUAUCUCCCAGAACGCCCACUGCAGUUGCAUGGAGCAGUACAAAAGGAUGCACGAAAAGUCUGUGAAAAAUCCACCGGAAUUCUGGGGUGAAAUAGCGAAACAAUUUUAUUGGGAAACUCCUGUGGCAGAUGAUAAGUUCUUUUCGUACAACUUCGACUUGAACAAAGGUGAUAUUUUCAUAAAAUGGAUGGAAGGGGCCUCGACAAACAUAAGCUUCAACUUACUGGACAAGAAUGUGAAGAGCGGAAACGGCGACAAAAUUGCGUUUUAUUGGGAGGGCAACGAUCCGGACGAUUAUUCACGGCUGACUUACAGGAAAUUACUCGAGGAAGUAUGUAGAUUCGCCAACGUUUUGAAAUCGAAAGGAGUGAUGAAAGGAGACCGUGUCGCGAUAUACAUGCCGAUGAUUUUGGAACUUCCUGUUGCCAUGUUAGCGUGUACCAGAAUCGGCGCCGUCCACAGUGUAGUGUUUGGAGGGUACUCGGCGGAUUCGUUAGCUGAGAGGAUCUUGGAUUCAAAGGCGAAGGUUCUGAUUACGACCGACGGAGUGUGGAGAGGCGAGAAGCUUCUUGUCCUGAAGACAAUCUGCGACGAUGCUGUGAACAAGGUCAAAGAACACGGCCAUGUAGUCGAGAGUUGCGUGGUAGUCGCCCACCUGAGGAGACUUAGUGCUCCGCAGGGUCGCAAAGACACACAGGGAAAGACAAAUGGAGUAAACGGGACGAGCGACGGAAACGGCGUAGGAAUUCCUAAUAUCCCGUGGGACGACGAUCGGGAUUGUUGGUGGCACGAUGAAAUGGAAGAGGCCGAAAACAGAUGUUAUCCCGUUUGGAUGGGUGCGGAAGAUCCUCUUUUCAUUCUAUACACGAGCGGCUCCACGGGUAAACCUAAAGGCGUUCUCCACACAACAGCUGGAUACUUAAUUUAUGCAGCCACGACGUUCAAGUAUGUCUUCGAUUAUCAUCCUGGCGACGUGUAUUGGUGUACAGCUGAUAUUGGUUGGAUUACUGGCCACACUUACGUUGUGUAUGGGCCCCUAGCAAAUGGAGCCACUUCCGUAAUCUUUGAGGGUACACCGUUUCAUCCGGACAACGACCGAUACUGGUCAGUCAUCGACAAGUACAAAGUCUCGCAAUUUUACACGGCACCGACCGCUCUCAGAUCGCUCAUGAAAUUCGGAGACGAUUUGGUGAAGAAACACAAUCUGUCCACUCUAAAGGUGUUAGGUUCUGUAGGUGAGCCGAUUAACCCCGAAGCUUGGCUUUGGUUUUACAAUGUCGUCGGACGCGCAAAAUGCAGCAUAGCGGAUACAUUCUGGCAAACGGAAACCGGAGGCCACGUUAUUACGCCUCUUCCUGGCGCUACACCUAUGAAACCUGGCUCUGCAACGUUUCCAUUCUUCGGUGUUUUACCAGAACUGUUGGAUGAAGACGGUCGAUUGAUCGAAGGGGAAGGAGAGGGAUUCCUAGUUUUCCGUCAACCAUGGCCGGGAAUGAUGAGGUCGCUGUUUGGAAAUCAUCAACGGUUUCAGAAUACGUAUUUUGAUAGAUUCCACGGAUUCUAUUGUACGGGUGACGGAGCUAGGCGUGACGCUGACGGUUAUCUGUGGAUAACAGGUCGCAUUGACGAUAUGUUAAACGUUUCUGGUCACCUAAUGUCCACUGCAGAAGUAGAAAGCGUAUUGACGGAACAUACCUCGGUGGCCGAGGCCGCUGUAGUCAGUAAACCGCAUCCUGUGAAAGGCCAAUGUCUUUAUUGUUUCAUAACGCCCAACGAUGGUUCGGUGUUUGAUAAGAAGCUUCAAGAUGAGCUUAAAAAGAAAGUGCGCGAUAAGAUUGGCGCUUUCGCUCAACCAGACAUCAUCCAACACGCGCCCGGUUUGCCAAAGACACGAUCAGGGAAGAUUAUGAGACGUAUACUCAGAAAAAUCGCGGCAGGAGACAAGAACGUCGGGGACACCUCGACGUUAGCCGACGAGAACAUCGUCGACCUCCUCUUUCAGAUGAGGCCGCAGGUUUAAAGAUGCAUCAUCGACGUAGCCAUCAUCGAAGGAAAUGCCGUGAAACUAAAUCUCCGGUUAUAGUUACUCAACAGAAAUCCAAAAAAAAAAAAGAACGCGAAACGUUAUUGUUAAAAGCGACAAAAAAGAGUAACUUGUUGAAGUCGAGAGAAAUUUAACCCUCUACUGUAUAUCAUACUCGAUUGGAAAUCUAACAAAAUCUCGCUAAAGUUAUGUGACAAAGGAAGAUUGUUCAUUAGACAAUUUUAAAAAAUUGAAUUUUUCUGGAGUUGUACUCCGAAUGAUGUUAACAACGUAGCUAUUUUUUGUUUCAGUUAUGAAACCAAGAAUAUUAUUGUCAUUAAUAUUAAAGUAUCGUAUAAACUGAAUUCAAAAUUCUAUGGUUUUUGAAAUCCUGCGACAUGGUGAAAAUUUCUUUGAAAAUUCUUAAUAAUAAUAAAUUCAAUAUUUAUUUUAGGGAAUGUCUUCACCCCUUUGUACCGUUCUAUUAUCGAAACAAAUAAUAAUUACUUUAUUAACAUUAUACUAAAUAUAUACAAACAUAUUAUACAUAAACUUUUUAGUUUUCAAACUUUCCUUGCGAGUUAACUUUGCGAAAUUUUGCAUGACAUUUUCUUAUGGAAUGAUCCAGUAGCUCGUAGGCUCGGUCACUUGUUAUUCAGCUUGAGUAUUAAUUAAUUCAUUGACACGUAAGCAAUUAAAAAAUAAUUACUUUAUCGAUAGAUAAAAUAAAGUUCGUGCAGUAGAGGGUUAACAAAGAGAAUCGGGCAUUGAAGUUGUGUCUCGAGAACGAAACUUCCUUUCCAUAAUAGAAUCGUUUCUUUUUUGUUAAUAGCUAAUAUUUAUAGUACUAUUUAUCGAUUACUUCGUAGGCGAGUAUUGUGCGGUAAUAGAUGCUGUUCCUUUCGCUAAUUGCCGUUCGUUUGACAGCCUUACGAUGAAAGACCAUUUGAACUGUACUGUUCGCCAUUUCAAAAGAUGACUUGGGCGUUACGAAAGUAAUAGAAGCGCGACGUAUGCUGUGGGAAUACAGUACUGCUUCGCUAUUUGAAUAAAUUUCCGUUAGGUAUACUUGAAACGAAGGUAUCCACUAUUUAGGUAUCUUCGACUCGAGUGGUCUAUUUAAGUACGAUGAGUUUCGAGAAUAAAUAAAUUCUCGCCUGAACCUUUGUUCAUGAAAUCUUUGAAUAAAUCCGUGUUAUGGAUACUUGAAAUGAAAUCACUCUGACUACAAUUUAGACGCUUUCAUUUCAAGUGGUCAGUUUGAGUUCGAUGAGCUUCGAGAAUAAAUUCUCUCCUGACACUCUGUUCAUGAUAUCUCUAAAUAAGUAUGCGUUAGGGAUACUUGAAAUGCAAUCACUCUGACCACUAUUCAAUUAUCUUCAACUCGAGUCACCCAUUCGAGUUCGAUGAGUCUUCGGAACAAAUCGCCUGAGUCUCCGUUCGUGACAUAUAACGAUUACGAUUUUUUUUUUCAAGCAAAUGGGCAGUACUGUACGGUAAUAGUCGUUCCGAAAGCAAAGCGAGAAUUAUUUUAAAGAAUCGCAUAUCGAGGAACUGAGGAAAUAUUGAAAAUCUAUGUAUAAUUUUUCGAGAAUAAAUAUUAUACACGCGUUAGUCGAACUUGGUUGUAACGAGCACAGAUAUAUAGCGAAAUCAUGAUUGUAACGAACAAAAAGCCACAAUGAUUAUUAUUUACACGUGUUCCCAUACAAUUAUUCAUCUUUAUAACGAGCGUACUGCACGCGGAUAUAUCGUACGAAUUCUGGGAAAUUUGAGAAAUGCCAAAGUGAAACCGUUGAAAUAAACAUUAAUUUUAAGAUUUAUUAUUAAAAAUGGUAAUUCAAGCCAUGUUGUUAAUUUGUAUAGUUUUUAAUCACAGUAUGAUAAUGUUAAAUACAAUUUAUUUAUCGAUAAUUUUAAAACCAUACACUUAAUAUCGAACGCAAGUUGUCUGUACUUAAAAGCUAUACUUUGACUGUACAACUACGAGUGCAUUGUAGUUGUCGCAAUCAUAUUAAUACAAAUAAUAUGUAGAUAUGUAGGUAUACUAUUCCUUCUUUUCUCUAUUUAUUUCCUUUAUUAAAUGUAUUAAAGCGCAAGUUAUUUGUCUGUAAUUAAAAACUAUACUGUGAUCGUGUAACUACAAGUUUAUUGUAGUUCGUAUAUUUACACAUAAUACACAUAGGUAUGUAAAUAUAUUAUUUUUCUUCUCUAAUAUACGUAUAUUUUUUUUAUUUGUUCUUAUAUCAAUUUAUUAAACGAAAAAAAUUGGAGGUUGAUUUAAUUCAUCACUAAUAAAAAAUGUAAUAAUACGUAAGGGGUCAUCUUCAGUUGAAUUUAUUAAAUGGACAUAUAAACAAAAUUCACUAAAAUUAAUAUAUAGAAGAUGAAAUUACUCCUUUCGAGCAGGAUACUAUGAAUGAAAACAGAAAAGAUUUUAAGUAAAUAAUUAAAAGGAUGGAUAUACUAAAAAGGGUGAAGAUAAAUAUGAUUAAAUAAUAGUUUAUUUAAAAUUGCAAAACGAUCAUCCUUUGAUCUGUAUACAAGCUUGAUUAUAAAUAUUUAGCGUGUAUUCGUUUUAUCGAACAAUCUUUGUCGAUCAUCUGGUUAUGAUCGUUCUAACCGAGUUUGACUCUAUAUAUUAAUCCUUGCGCACCGAUUGUCUUCGUAACAAUAUUUUACGAAUAUAAUGUAGGCGAGUGUCAAGACGAAAGACGUGCAAUAUAAAUGCUUGACGAAAGGCGUGCCAUGAAUGCUCGAUAUUGUUGGAAUACGAAGAAUUUUAUAAUGCGCACGUUCGAUGUAUGCGUUGAAACUGAUUCAUCGAUCAGUAUGAAAGUAUCUUAGGAACUUUUUAAGAGUUUACAAACACGUUUGAAUUAAUUAUAUACGAAACGAACAUGCCAUAUCGCGAGAAUCAGAAAUGGACGAAAUUCUCAUCCGAAUAAAAAUAUUAAAUAACGAAUAAAAGUUGAGCAACCUUCGACCAGUUAUUCGUUCGAUAAAAAUUAUAAACAGAAAUUAUGUUUCACGUUGAAUAAAUAAAAGCUUAUCCCGAACGAUUCGAUAGGAUUAACGUUGCGAAUUAAUACGCUGUUUUUAUUCGCCAGCAAUUAUUCGAAUAAAAUUUCGUCCAUCUCUGGCGACCAUGUAGCGAAUUUAGGAAAAUGUUACAGCUCGUGAACCUAAUUUGUUUCUGUUUCGAAGCGUAACUGGGUCAUCGAUCGUUUUUAAAUCUCGCAAAAUAUGUUUUAUUCUCGUUUAGCUUGUUCGUAGUCACGACUUCCGAUUAUGAUAAUGUUUGUACAGAUUCUAACUGACUCACUUUAAUCUGUCAAGAUAGUUUAUCGACGAUUACAAGAUACGAACGAGGUUUAUGAAAGUAUUGCAGUCUGCCUUCAAUUGAGGGGGAACGUCGCCAUUGCAGCCGAAGAAACGUUAACAUUUGAGAAUUUUUUCUUACGAUGCAGAGUGACUAAUACAAAUACCUCAUACGUACUUUAAAAGUACAUACUUUGAACAAUAUUUCUACCAAUUUUCAGGAGAAAAUGUUAUUCUUUAUGGAAAAUAUGAGCGUUUCUGAUGUACGAUCUCUGACUCUAAUAGAUAGAAUGGACAACAUUAGAAUUGUUAGAAACUAAAAACCUUUAAAGUUCAAGGCAGAAAGCUUUAUAUCUUCAUUAAUUUUUUUUCGAAUUUCGUCUCAAUAAAUUAAGAUAAAAUUCUUAAUAUGUUAAAUCCUAAAAUACUCUAUUGUUUAGAUGUUAAAAUUUAAAACUACUAUAUUCUUAAGAUGUUGCAUUUUUCAGAUAUUGUAUUCUUAAAGCGUCAAAUUUAAAGAAUACCGUAUUCUUAGAAUGUAAUAUUUUAAGAAAAUGCAGAAAAGAAACACCGAUUUUUCGAAGCCACAAAGAUGACGUUCCCCCUUAAAAGAGACAUCAUAGAAGUAUUGUAUAGUCGACUAAAUAGUCGAGCCGUGGAAAGAAUCGACUUGGAAGACCUUUUAGUGCUCAUUCCGAUAAGAGAAACUUCUUGCCAAUUCCGUUGGGUAAUGGCUAGUGAUGGAGUCGAGCGAAUCGCAAGUUAUGCCGAAACUUGAACAAACAAUAUUCGUUUAACCAUUAAUUCGUGGAUGCAAAACGGAAGUAUAACGUCUGGCAUUUCAAUUCUUGAAUGAGAUAGCUGUGAGACAAUCUGGAGUAAAACUUUGUAAGAUAGCAAUUUACACUUUACAAGCAAUUUACAAAUUAACGCUUUAUCAAUUUUUCUGUAAAUAUAUAAGAGACGAAGUUAUAAAACGCUUCCAAAACCAUCAAGGGACGAUUCAUACAUUUUUCUAUAUUUAAAAGAAACGAAAAAUCAUAAAGUGUAUAGGACAUGGGGACACAGAUCAAAGACUCGACCGAAGGCACAUGCUCUCGAAUCUUGGUGAACGUUGGCACAUGUAAGAUCACAUGUGCCUUUAGUUCGUAUCUCUUUGGCUUGUACGCAGCUUAAUACGACGCUUAAGGUAUCUGGGACGAUUCUUUCUUCGUAUCAACUGUAAUUGCACGUGGAUUAGCGACAGCGUAAGACGGUCGAUUCUCAAUUUCCUUUAGGUGUACGGAAAGCCGUUAUAGCAAGAGAAAUGGCAAAAAAGACGCAUAGCAACGGGUUAUUUAAUUUUAGCAAAUUAUUUUUUUUACAGUGAUCGUUCCACGCUGAGGAACGCGACAGACCUAAGUAUACGCACGAUUAUUAACGCACUCUACAUGAAAGACAGCGUUUCCUGUAACUUUUUAGAAGGCUGGUUUUGAAUGAACUGUUAUAUUAUAUAUAUAGAUAUAUAAUAAAAAAACGAGCCGAA